AUGGCCACUGUACCUCUUUCUAAGAAGCUGAAGUUGAGUAAUCCUGAUGAGCCACUGACUCAGAAUGAUGUUAUAUCAUUUCAAAAGGAGGCCUUAUAUAGAUGCAUGAAUGAAAAGAGAGUUAGUUUAAAUGCAGUAAAUGAACAAUUUGAGGUAUCGAAGAAAAAUUAUAUUGACGUCUCAACAAAGUUGUCAAACCUAAUGGCUUUGAUCAUUACAUUGGCUAAUUUUUUGCAAGUUAUUAGUAAAGAAAAGAAUAAUACAGAAGAAGAAAAUAUAUGUAGCAAGAUGGCUACUUCUGAUGAGAAUGAGGUUAUACAACUAAGUGAUUCCUUUAUGAAGAUACUGACAAAAUAUCUAACUGAGUCAGGCAAUGCAACUAUUGAUGAUAACGAACGUCUCUCGCGACUAGCGUUAGAACUAAAGGAAUUACAAAAGGUUAAAAAAGAGCUAUAUUACAAGAAUAAAGAAUUAGCAGAUGAAAUUUCAUCUCUAAAAAUAUAUUAUGAGAAAUUGAUUAAGAAAUUCGAUCGUGAAGACUCUCAAACAUUAAAGAGAGUGUUUAAAAAAGAAUUAGAAGGAGAAGAUGAAACUGUAAAAGAAAAUAAAGAUACCGCGAAUAGUCGAGAUAUGGAAAAUGUUAAAAUUGAAACUAAAACAUCGACAACAGAAAGCCCAGGUAUUGAUGAAAAAGAUGAAGAUAAAAUUACAUCAGGAAAUAGUGAUAUUAAGGAGGAAAAGUUAAUGGCCGAAUAUGAUAUUAAGGUUUCAGACUUACAAAAUGAAAUUAAAGAAUUGAAGGUCAUAAUUGAAGAAGUUGAAAAAUUCAAGAAUUCUAAUACUGAGAGGAUAGUUUCUUUAGAAAAACAGCUUUCUGCUGCUAACUCAGCUUCGGCAGGGUUGGAAAGAAAUGAUAAUAUUGAUGUAGAUGUAAUGAAAUCAAAGAUUGAUAUUCUGAUCAGAGAAAAUAAUCAACUAAAACAAAUUAAUGAUUCAUUCUUAGGUAAAUUUCAAAAAUUAUCUAGUGAAAAGGAGAUUUUCAAUAAUAAAAUAACUAACGAGUUUAGUUCGAAUUUGGAAGGAUUGAAGACACAAAAUUUAGCACUUGAAAAGGAUUUGGUUAGAAUUAGAACUGCGCGUGAUGAUCUACUUUCAAAGUUAUCAAUAGUCGAGGCAGAAACCAAAACACCUAUUAUUCUUGAUGAUCUUAAGAAGUCAUUGGAUUUAUCUAAUGAACAAUGGAAGAAGUAUGAAAACAGACUUGAUACAACUUCUGAAAAUUUGUUACUAAAAGAACUUCAGGAUAUGGAAAUUGCAUUCAAAGAAUUGACUCAGAUUAAUAAUAAAAAGUAUUCAGAUUUAAUUAACCAGGAAUCAAUGAUAGCUAAAUUAAAAGUUGAAAAGACCAAGGCAGAUCAGAAAUAUUUUGCAGCUAUGAGAUCAAAGGACCCUAUUUUAAUAGAAAAUAAAAAUAUGGGUAAGGCUAUUACGAAAACGAAUGAAUUGAUCUUACAAAUGAAGGAUGCUGAAAAAUUAUUGCAACAAAAGAUUGAAAAUUUGUAUAAACAAUUACAAUUAUCACAAAAUAAUGAGAAGAGACUGAUAGAGUCCACAAAACAGGAAUCCUUGAAAAUUAUAGACUUAAAUUCUCAAAUCAAUAAAUCUGAAAAGAAAAUAUCUGUUUUGAAAAAUGAGAGUUUAGAUUUAAUCACAGGGAUUAAUAAAUUAAAAACACAAAACAAUGAAUUAGAAACAGAAAAUAAAGUAUUGAAACAGAAAAAUAUUAACAUUGAUGAGAAAUGCAAGAAACUACAUCAAAAGUUAGUUUCAUUUACUGGGGAAGUAAAUGACAAGAAAAGACAUUAUGAAGAUGAGGAUGAAGAUACUUUAACGCAGGAAUUGGAGAACUUCCGCACAUUAGUGUACUGUUCUCUAUGUUCGAAAAAUUGGAAAAACAUGGCAAUCAAGACUUGCGGUCACGUAUUCUGUGAGGAUUGUUGUAACGAAAGACUAGCCGCCAGAAUGAGAAAAUGUCCUACUUGUAAUUACCCAUUUAGUUCAAAUGAUCUACUCCCAAUACAUCUGUAG